AUGCGGUGCUUCUUCGACACUUCUUUUAAUACGCAUGAGGCACUACGUUGUAUCUAUCUAUACAUCUAUAUCUAUAUUCAUCUCCUGUAUCUAUUCUCGACAAGUCCAUGUAUAUUGGUCGGCCUUGAUGUGACUCCAUACUUAUCGUGUGCGUGCCCGUACCAAUACAUCUACAACGCGCAUUCAAGUCCAACCAGCAUCUGGAGAAAAGAAGAAAAAAGAAAACGGAAAACACCAAUACAGAAAAAAAAAAUGAGCGCCGUGCCACGAACUAAGAGGGCCAGGUCGCGUGUCGGGCCAGCCGAGCCCGGAACCGCCCGGCGCAAAGACGACUCGAUCCAAUUACAUGACGAAGCGGAUUUGGUGAACUUUCGCGCCGACGCCUUUACGCGCUUCUUGGAAAACCAAGAUCAGUUGGAAAACGUCACGCUGAAGCCGUUCCACACCGACAUAAUUGUGCCGCCGUCGCCGUUUCCCGCGCACGUGCCCAAGAAAUACGACGCCAAGGCUUCGGACGACGAGGUUGCUUCAGUGUUGGCGAAAUUGAAGCCAGACGAGCUUUUUGUGGGCGACUUGCGGUUGAUGCGCGCCAAGCAGAAACAGCUGGCCCAGGACCUUGCGCAGGCGAAAGAGGAGUUGCAGCAGCAGACGCCUGCGCAUGUUUUGGGAGACGACUACGUCAGCAGAAAGAAGGCCAUUGAGCGCUUGGCGCAGCUCCAGGGCGCGUGUCUGAGCGCAGAGGCCGUGGCCGAGCUUUCAGCGGCCGCACGUGAAAUCGAGGAGGCCGAACAGGUGUCUGGCGGCCACUAUGUGUUCCAGCAGAACCCGUAUACAAAGCAUUCGGUGCCCGUGUCCGAGUUGGCGCCAGAGCUAGAGGUGGCGCGUGCGCCAGCGCUGUACAACCCGCGGCUGAUUCUGAGCUUCGUGAGCAUGGGCAACGACGGCUCGUACGGCCCAGGCAUGAUGCUUGGCGACAAGAUGACAGAGCAGCUCCCGUUUAUGGAAAACGUGGCAGGCGACCAGUUUGGCGACAUGAUGAACGGCAAGCAGUAUCGUGACGGCUACGGCUACGAGAAAGAGCCUGGCGCAGGCACGCCGGCACAGGUCAACAUGGAGGAGUUGAACACGUUCUUGGCCCAGCCCAACGAAGGCAUGGACGAGAUGGACGCGCUCAUGAAUUUUGACCAGGACCAGGACAAUGCCAUCAUGGACGAGGGCUCCUUUCCCGACGACUUUUUGACGCACAUGGACGGUGAAAUGGAGUAG